UGCAAACAUUACAUCCGGUGUGGCCACCGGAUCAGCCAGGAGUUUCAGGAACGUGAGCUGGAGGCUUGAGAGUAUAGUCAUGUCGGCGUCGGUAGUGUCGGUGAUCACGCGGUUCUUAGAAGAGUACUUGAGCUCUACUCCGCAGCGUCUGAAGUUGCUGGAUGCAUACCUCCUGUAUAUACUGCUGACCGGGGCGCUGCAGUUUGGUUAUUGUCUCCUCGUGGGGACUUUCCCCUUCAACUCUUUCCUCUCGGGCUUCAUCUCUUGUGUGGGAAGCUUCAUCCUGGCGGUUUGUCUGAGAAUACAGAUCAACCCACAGAACAAAGCGGAUUUCCAAGGCAUCUCCCCAGAGCGAGCCUUUGCUGAUUUUCUCUUUGCCAGCACCAUCUUGCACCUUGUUGUGAUGAACUUCGUUGGCUGAAACGUUCCCAUUUACUCAAUGGAGGAGUAGGAGACAAGAAGAAUGUUCACUUUUUGAUUUCCCCUGGAUAAAAGCUCUUGAGAUGGCAGCUUGUUGGACACAUGGAUUUUCUUCAGACUUGUAAUUACUACCGACUCUGACUUGGUACGCAGGUGGAGAUCCCAGGAGAAGUUUCCUCCCUUCCCUUCUGUGUAAUGAGCAGAACAGCUUUGUAAUGAGCAUUUAU